CUAUUUAAUCCCCUGUGCUCUGUGUCAUAUAUAUCAUUCUGCAGUACAACAGUCCAGAGGUAUACACAUCUAGUAUUUGUUAGGGAGAAUAAUUUUUUAAGAGCAUGGCAGAAAAUCAGCAGCCCCAUACUUCUGAAAGAGAACCCCUGAGUUAUUCAGACUACUUCAUGGCUGUAGCUCUUCUGACAGCCAAAAGAAGCAAAGACCCAAACACUCAGGUGGGAGCAUGUAUAGUGAACCAGGAGAAUAAGAUAGUCGGCACUGGUUACAAUCGUAUGCCCAAUGGCUGUGAUGGCAAGCUGCCGUGGGCUCGCACAGGUCCCAAACUUGAAAGCAAAUACAUUUAUGUGUGCCAUGCAGAGCUGAAUGCUAUAAUUAACAAGAGCAAGGCUGAUAUGAAUGGCUGCACCAUAUAUGUGACUUUGUUUCCCUGCAAUGAGUGUGCCAAACUCAUCAUCCAAGCAGGUCUCAGCAAAGUGGUGUAUCUUUCUGAUAAGUACCACGAUGAAGAUGAAACGACAGCGUCCAGAAGGAUGCUUGACUUGGCAGAGAUACCAUACAGGGCAUUUACAUCCACGAUGCAUCAAAUUGUCAUUGAUUUCAAUGACAAACCUGGAAGUGAAAAUGCAGCCACUGAAUGAGGCGGUGAGGCAGAGGAAGAAUGAUGAGAUUGUUGCCUUUUGAUUGCAUGUCUUCCUGCCAGCUGCUUAAUAGGCAAAACUCAAAUAUACCUUGACUUUAGCAUCUUUUGAUAUUUUAAUUAUUUACUGUAUACUCACCAUAGUUUAAUUUGUCGCUUAGCCCAAUAUAGAUGAUUGCCAAAAGGGCUUGCAUUGCUGUUUUUACACUUUUUCUUUUAAAACUCCCUUUGUGUCAAAGAAUGUAGAAGGAUCCAAACUAAUGCCUGAUUUUUGAGUCUUUCGUGUUGUGAAUCAGAUUUUUUUUAUUGGAAACUAGAAAUCUGUUUUUGCCCUCCUUUAAGGUUUCUGCCUGAUACCCUGAUAUGCAGAUCACCUGACAUUUCUUUACCUUUUAUUGGGCCUUAAUACUGUUAUGCAUGCAGCUAAACCGCCUUUCUCUUUACAGCCAAAUGCUGUUUUUCACCCAAAGAACACUUUUUCCCCCAGUUCGGUUCAUUAAGCCUAUUUGGAUAAAGCAGCCUUUGGAAAAUUUUGCCUAUAUUUUACUUUUCAAUAAUGGAGUCUUAAUCUGUACUUUGGAGUACUCUGGAAUUAUUUCAGGAAUGCCUCAAAGCUGUCAUAAACAACAAUCUUUAAAUGCA